UAUCUAUGCUUGCAGUUGUUUGGUGGCGCAGCAGCAGCAGCAGCAGCAGCAGCACACUGACAUUAGGCUGUAGGGUUACAGCUGCACAGCAUCACUAAAGAGAACAACUGUCACACGUGUACUCUCGCCUAAAUGAAAGCUUUUCCCAGAUUAAUGUGCUCCUUCCCGAUGGAAGAAGGGAGGUGAUAUUCUCGUCGCCGCCAUUUUUAUUUAGGAGGAACUGCCUAUUGAGGAGAGAAACUUUGCUUCUGCCUAACUAACGUUAGCAAGCUAGUUAGCUAUAGCGAGCUAGUCGGCUAGCCUGACUACCACCAGUUAACGGUUGACAGUCGUUAGCAACCAGGGCAGCUUGACAGUCGACCAGUAUCCAUGACAACGGCUCUUGCUAAAGUGAACAACUGACCGUCUGUAUUGGGGCAAAUUGUGCGGUUAGCCGACUUAGCAUUGCUAACUUCUUAGCUUAGCGAGUUGACACUUUGAUUUGACUGCAUCGCCUCCUCGUACUGUGAUUGAGCGUCCCACUCUGCCUUUCACUGGAUUAAUCAGCCUCCACUUUCUCAACCUUGUGUGGAUUCAUUUGAACCAGGUGCCCAUGUGCUGGUUCCUUAGGCCCAUCCACUACUGCAGAUGAAUCUUCGGCUGCUUCGGUGUAGCUCAGCACCCAGAUAGUCCCAUCCCCCUUUGCGUGGGUGAUACGGGACUACAUUAACCAGAAUGCCCUCCUCUGUAAGGGCAGGGAGCCUGAAGGAUCCGGAUGUGGCUGAUCUUUUCUUCAAAGAAGACCCAGAGAAGCUUUUCUCUGACCUCCGAGAGAUUGGCCAUGGCAGCUUCGGCGCCGUCUACUUUGCACGGGACAUACGCACCAAUGAGGUGGUGGCAAUUAAAAAGAUGUCCUACAGUGGCAAACAGUCUAAUGAGAAAUGGCAGGACAUUAUAAAGGAGGUGAAGUUUCUCCAGCGGAUCCGGCACCCCAACAGUAUAGAAUACAAAGGUUGUUACCUCCGUGAGCACACAGCAUGGCUGGCGAUGGAGUACUGUCUCGGCUCAGCCUCCGAUCUGCUAGAAGUUCAUAAAAAACCUUUACAAGAAGUAGAGAUUGCUGCCAUUACACAUGGUGCUCUGCAGGGGCUGGCCUACCUUCAUUCCCACAAUAUGAUCCACAGGGAUGUGAAGGCAGGUAACAUUCUGCUGACUGAGCCCGGGCAGGUCAAACUGGCAGACUUUGGCUCUGCCUCCAUUGCCUCACCUGCCAACUCCUUUGUGGGAACGCCAUAUUGGAUGGCCCCUGAGGUGAUUCUAGCUAUGGACGAGGGCCAGUAUGAUGGGAAGGUGGAUAUCUGGUCCUUAGGGAUCACCUGUAUAGAAUUAGCGGAGAGGAAACCUCCCUUGUUUAACAUGAAUGCAAUGAGUGCCUUAUACCACAUAGCGCAGAAUGAAAGCCCCACGCUGCAAUCCAGUGAAUGGACGGAUUACUUUAGAAACUUUAUCGAUUCUUGCCUUCAGAAAAUCCCGCAGGACAGACCGCACUCUGACGACAUGCUGGGUCAUGCGUUUUUGCAGCGUGAACGUCCAGAAACCGUGCUAAUGGAUCUUAUUCAGAGGACCAAGGACGCAGUGCGAGAGCUGGACAACCUGCAGUACCGCAAGAUGAAGAAGAUCCUCCUGCAGGAGGCCCACAACGGACCCACAGCAGAAGCCCAGGAUGGGGACGAGGAGCUGGAGCCGGGCGGAGGUCGGACGGGGACAGUGAACAGUGUCGGCAGUAAUCAGUCCAUUCCCAGCAUGUCCAUCAGUGCCAGCUCCCAGAGCAGCUCUGUCAACAGUCUAAACGAAGCGGCCCAGGACAGCCGCAGCGAGCUGGACCUGAUGGAGGGAGACCACACAGUCAUGUCCAACAGCUCCGUCAUACACCUCAAACCGGAAGAAGAGGAGAGUCUCUCUGGGGAGCAGGCAGCCAGCAGUGAACCCUCCUCUGAGCCCCAGCCAACACCAGCUCAGGUCCCGAGGAAGCACUACCGCAACAGAGAGCACUUUGCCACCAUACGCACAGCGUCACUCGUGACCCGUGAAAUGCAGGAACACGAGCAGGACUCGGAGCUGCGGGAGCAGAUGUCGGGAUACAAACGCAUGAGGCGGCAGCAUCAGAAGCACCUGAUGGGCCUGGAGAACAAGCUGAAAGGGGAGAUGGAUGAGCACAGGCUGAGGCUGGACAAAGAGCUGGAGAGUCAGAGGAACAACUUCACGCAGGAGAUGGAGAAGCUGCUCAAAAAACACCAGGCGGCUCUGGACAAAGACCUUAAGACGUUUACCAACGAUGAGAAGAAGUUCCAGCAGCACAUCCAGGUGCAGCAGAAGAAGGAGCUCAGCAGCUUCCUGGAGUCACAGAAGAGGGAGUAUAAACUACGCAAGGAGCAGCUCAAAGAGGAACUGAGCGAGAACCAGUCGACUCCCAAGAAAGAGAAACAGGAGUGGCUGUCCAAGCAGAAAGAGAACAUCCAGCACUUCCAGGCGGAGGAGGAGGCAAACCUGCUGAGGAGACAGAGGCAGUACCUGGAGCUAGAGUGUCGGCGGUUCAAACGCCGGAUCCUCAUCGCCAGACACAAUGUGGAGCAGGAUCUGGCCCGAGAGGAGCUGAACAAACGGCAGACACAGAAGGACUUGGAGCACGCCAUGCUGCUCAGACAUCAUGAGUCGAUGCAGGAGCUGGAGUUCAGGCACCUGGGGACAAUACAGAGGGCGCGGGCAGAGCUGAUCCGAACCCAGCACCAGACGGAGCUCACCAACCAGCUGGAAUACAAUAAGAGGAGGGAGAGGGAGCUGAGGCGCAAGCAUGUCAUGGAGGUCCGCCAGCAGCCUAAGAGCCUCAAGUCUAAGGAGCUUCAGAUUAAGAAGCAGUUCCAGGAGACGUGUAAAACCCAGACCAGGCAGUACAAAGCCCUCAGGAACCAUCUGCUGGAGAGCACGCCCAAGUCGGAACACAAGGCCGUGCUCAAGAGGCUGAAGGAGGAGCAGACCAGGAAGCUGGCCAUCCUGGCCGAGCAGUACGACCACUCCAUCAACGAAAUGCUCUCUACGCAGGCUCUUCGGUUGGACGAGGCUCAAGAGGGGGAGUGUCAGGUCCUGAGGAUGCAGCUGCAGCAGGAGCUGGAGCUGCUCAACGCGUACCAGAGCAAGAUCAAGAUGCAAACAGACGCUCAGCACGACAAGGAGCGGAGGGAGCUGGAGCAGAGGGUCUCUCUGCGGAGGGCUCUGCUGGAGCAGAAGAUCGAGGAGGAAAUGCUCGCGCUGCAGAACGAGCGCCUGGAGCGAAUCCGCUCACUGCUGGAGCGCCAGGCCCGAGAGAUCGAGGCCUUCGACUCGGAGUCCAUGCGGCUGGGCUUCAGCAACAUGGUGCUCACUAACGUGGCUCCCGAUUCCCAGGGAGGAUGGGGGGGAGGAGGUGGAGGUGGCCAGGGGGCUCAGGGGGGAGGCCACUGGCCCGGAGGAGGUGGAGGAGGAAGCGGCGGCGGCGGCGGUGGCCACAAUAGUCAUCACCACCAGGGGGGCUCCAGCUCACAGCAGCCCUGGGGUCACCCCAUGCUGGCUGGGGGCCCGCCACCCUGGAGCCUCCACCACCCCGGAGGAGGGAAUCAGAGGGGGAGCGCGGGAGGCGCAGGAGGGGUGAGGAACAGCCCGCAGGCUAUGAGGAGGACGUCAUCAGGGGGGAGAAAUGAACAGGGCAUGAGCAGGAGCGCCAGCAUCACCUCUCAGAUCUCCAACGGAUCCCACCUGUCCUACACCUAGAACACACGAUAAUUGUCUUAAAAUUAAAUUCUUGUGCACCGAGGUGACACUACACACACACACAAACACACACACCAUGCAUGCACCACACCUGCCUCAUACAACACUUACCACAGUACGUCUGACACACACUGCGCAGCACUGAGACUGGGUUUUACCUCAGCCUAGUUCCUCUCCCAUCACCACUGCUCUCUUACAUCGGUGUACUGCGAGCAGCAGUCUGUGGAAACCCAAAAGUCUUGAGAGUAAUCCAAGAUUGCCGAGGGCCACGUACAGUAUGCCACAGUGCAAUAGUGUCAUUUUGUUUUGCAGUAGCCUACAGUGCUAUUUUAUGUGUUCUGCCAUGUUAGUCUCUGUUGCCAUAGACCCAGAGUAGUAUAUUUGUAUUAUCUACCAUGGAGAUUGUUAUCAAGAUUUAGUUUGCAGUAUGCUGUUUUAUACGUAUGUGGGGAAAACUUGAUGCUUGCAGAUGUCGUGGUAGCACAAUAGAGCGCUGCAGGGAUGACGUAUUUUUGAAAGCCAACUAGGAAGUUAGCAUCGCCCCGGUUCCCUCGACAAAAAAGCCAAUGAGUUUUUUUUUCCAUUGGGUUUUUGUUCGCAGAAAAUGAGCUCUGUGGCAAACAAACGUUUAUGAUACUUACACAUACAUACACAACGAGGCUAUAACGGCGGAGGAGUCGGCGUGAUGACGUUUAGUAGUCUCAUUAAGACACGUAGAAGCUUCAAAAUUUACGAGUGGGAUAUUUUAUUGAUGUAUUUUAUGUCGUAGAACAAAACGUUCAAAUCUCUUCAGAUUGUGUGAACCACAGACCUUAUUUCAGACAUCUAACUAAAAACCCAUUAAAAAAAAAACCCAUUGACUUCCAGACGAGGGAACCGGAAGUGCUAAAAUGCAAACUCAUUUCCGGGUUUUAGGACUCCUGUAGCACUCUAUAAGGUGCAUUAUGGGAGUAUUUGCAUUCGGUGUGCAAUUUUUAGAAUGGCAUUUAAAAAAUGUGUUCCCUCAAAAAUCCCUCACAGCUCGAGAUUUAAGCACAGACAUCUUGCUGAUAGGAAAGUUUAAUGAGAUUAUUGUUUAUGUUGUGUUACAGACGAGUGAGAAGGCAGGAGGUGAUGUAGGGGAAGAACAGAACACGUCAGACAGGUCUAUAAAGGAACAUGGAAAGAGAACGAAAGUUGUUGUAAGUUGAGUAACAAUGGGUAUCUCUGACUUUAUAGUCCAAGGUGAUGAAUAGCUAAAAGUAUGCAAUCUUUUAUUCCAGCCUGAGUGACUUAACUGAGAGGAAAUCUAACCAGUGAAACCAGCUUGUGCAGUGUUUUACUGGAAUGAGUAGUUGGGAGUUAUUGUGUGCUUUUGAGCAGGGCUGCAAAGAUGCCAAAGGUAAGGGUGCAGAUUUAUCAUUAUAAUUAUCCAUGCCAACAUACUGUUAAUGUAUUUAAUGAGAUUGUGCCAGUGGAAGUUCAGGUAAUAUGUUGCUGCCAAGUUAGAUGCUGGAUCGGAAGGAGAGGAGUCAUUUUCUCGUGCAUGCUCGACCUCAUUGGGUUUCCACAGACCUCUGCCCACUCUUCACUCACGCCUGCCCAGUGGACGGGCCAGUCUGAGGGACGCUGUAGCCUUACUAGUCCACAGCCCUUCAUGACAGGGACGGGUUUUCAGCAGCACCUAACCUCUACUUGAAUAGCAUCAAAACUAGCGUUCACUCCUCACUUUGUUCGCAGUCAUUUUCGGGGUCUAAUCUGACACCGUGCUGGUCUGUGAAGGCGACGCAGUAAAACAAACGGUCUCUGAAAAAAAAUUGAACCACGCCUGUUGGUCUACCUCAAGAACACUCAGAGCAGAGCUUCACCGCAGGAUGUCGGGACUUGCAAACGACUUGCAUUUGCACAGGCCACACUGAAUGAUUAGCAGAUUCUCUCUCUCUCACACACACACACACACACACACACACACACACGCGCGCAUACAUACAAUAGUUAUUGAUUUUUAUCCCCCCCAGUCAAACAGUAUGUCCCUUUGCACACUCAGUUGAUGAAUGCAUGCACUGGGGGGGAAUUUUGUGAAAAUGGGAUUGGGACAUAUGGUGCCUUCAAAUGGAACUCGUUCAUAUGGACUCUUCUCGUAAACACGAUAAACACGACCCCAUUUGAAGGCACCAAUAAACUUGUUUUAAAAAAAAGAAAAAUCCGAAUUUUUUUAUAAAUAAAGCACUUAGCAGUUAGAGAUGAGCAACACACUCGGCACCAUUUGUGUCGGGGCAACAAUAUCCAUCUUGGUUGCCUAAAAAUGUCCCUGUGUGUUUUUAAUUUAAAAUAAAAUAAAAUAAAAAUCAUUUCAAGAGUUGCAGUGAACGAACAUGGAGCGUGAAAGAGGAGCAUCGCUAAGCCCUCUGCUGGUUGGUGACUGCUGAAUGUCUGUUUGGGUGGAUGGGCGGUGAUGCUGUGAUCUCCUCUGCUAUGCCCCUGCAACCUUCCCCGGUCUGACAUCCCGCUCUGUCUCACCCCCCCGGGCGACCCCGACGUCAUGUUCUGACCUCCGACCUCCCUGAUUCCCUCCACCUUCGCCUCCUCCCCUCCUGAGCCUGGUAUGGUCUUCACCCCCUCCCUGAUCUAUUUGGGAAGAGCUCUUUAAGUGAAAGAAAAGAAGAAAAAAAUAUAUAUCUAUAUAUGUAUUAUUAUAUAAAUCUAUAAAAAAAAAAACUGAUUAUAGAGAUAAAGGUGGAAGUCUUAUUGUGAAAUGCAGAGAUUAUGCAUUAUAUGAUUUUCAGAGGUGAAAA